CUUAUCUUCUCCAUCCAUCAAAAGAGCUCUCUCUAUCUCUCUCUGCAAGAUAAGGUUGAAGAAUCAGAUACCAUCCUCUUCAAAAGCAAAGGGAUUCAUUCCUCAAGAUCUACAGAAAUACAAAAGAAAAAAAAAACACAAAAAAAUGGAGAACCAGCAUGAACAACAACAACAGCAACAGCAACAACAACAACAACAAACAGUACAGAAUCAACACCAACAACAUCAAGUGCACCCAUUUCCACAAACACCAUUCCAUCAUCUGCUCCAGCAACAGCACCAACAGCUCCAAAUGUUCUGGAACUACCAGAGGCAGGAGAUAGAACACGCCACUGAUUUCAAGAACCAUCAACUGCCCUUGGCAAGAAUCAAGAAGAUAAUGAAAGCUGAUGAAGAUGUCCGAAUGAUAUCGGCCGAGGCGCCGAUACUUUUCGCCAAGGCGUGUGAGCUCUUCAUUCUUGAACUCACCAUCCGGUCAUGGCUUCACGCCGAAGAGAACAAGCGCCGGACUUUACAGAAGAAUGACAUCGCCGCUGCCAUCACCAGGACCGACAUCUUCGACUUUCUUGUGGACAUUGUGCCGAGAGAUGAGAUCAAGGAGGAUGGUGGUGGGUUAGGUAUGGGUGGCGCCGCAGUGAGUGGUGGACCAGGUGGCGCCGCCGCCGCCGCCGGAGUGCCUUACUAUUAUCCUCCACCGGCAGGAAUGAUGAUGGGGCAACCGGCGAUGGCUGGAAUUGAUCCUGGGAUGUUUGUGCAGAGGCCGUGGCAGCAGAUGUGGCAGCCGGGGAUGACCGACGAGGGACCAGGGUUCGCCGGAGGACCUCCUCCGGGGUUGGAUGGUCAAGGAUAUGGUGGUGGAGGUGGUGGUGGUGGUGGUGGUGCUCAGUGAAUGAUAGAAGUUCAUGUUGUUGUAGUUUGUAGUAUGUAAUUGAAUCCUUUGUGAGUCUUGUGACCAUGCUAAUAUUACCAUGUAUUUUUAGCU